AUGACCGUCUCAUUUACCAAAAUAAAAAGAAAUAAAACUGACAACCCUACUUCUGAAAAUGUAUCAAUUGAUCAAGCUAACUUAUCAGAACAACCUUCAAUUAGUAAAAAUGAUAGUGAUAAUCACAACAUUGCUUUGACUCCUAAUUCUAAUAAUAGUAUGUCUAAUGAUUCUGAUAAGACUCUCACAGCUGGGGAAAAUGAUAUUGGUAAUUAUGUGCAUAAUUUAGAAAUUGAUGAUUUAAAAAAAGAACUUUUAAAAACUCCAUGGGUACCCCAUUCGACACCAUGCGUUUUGUUUGAUCGAGAAAAAGGAGGUAAAGGUGGCCAUCAAAAAUUAGGUGCACUUGUUUCUAAAGAGUAUGCUACUUGGAAAAAUGCUCUGCAAGAUUUUCAAUUACAUGCUAUGAAUGAAGGAAGAUCUAAAAAUAUAACUGAGCAACUUAGUAUUGAACGUUCUAGACAAAUAGAACAAAAUAGAAACAUUUUACUUUCUGUUAUAAAAACAAUAAUUCUUUGUAGUAAGCAAGAAUUUGCUCUCCGAGGUUCAAACGAUUUUGGAAAUGUAAUGAACAUAAAUACUUUUAAUUUCAGAGCACUUUUACGCUUUCGUGUAGAUUCUGGCGACACUAUUCUAGAAGAACAUUUGAAAAAUGGUCCAAAAAAUUCUUUGUAUACUAGUCCUGGAAUUCAAAAUGGAAUAAUUUCGAUUUGUGGUGAUAUAAUUAAGUCAAAAAUAAUUCAAAGAGUUAAUGCUGCCGAGUGCUUUUCUGUGUUAGCAGACGAAACUACAGAAGGAAGAAUUGAGCAAAUGUCCAUAUGUUUGCGUUAUUAUGAUCGAGGCGAUAAAAAAAUUCGUGAAGACUUUUUAGAAUUUACACCUGCUGUUGAUCUUACUGGAAAAGGACUAACAACUUUAAUAAUGAGUAGUUUGCAAAAUAACGGUAUUAACUGCCAGUUUCUAGUUGGUCAAGGCUACGACGGUGCCUCUGAAAUGAGUGGUUAUUUACAUGGUGCUCAAGAAUACAUAAAAAAAGAAUUCCCCACGGCUCUUUAUGUACACUGCAGUGCUCACUCACUCAAUCUUGCGUUGGCAAACGCCAGUUCAUUGCCCACAAUAAGAAACUGUAUUAGCACCAUUCAAACUGUCGGAACAGUUUUUCGCUCUUCUGCUCAACGUAGUGAAGUAUUAAGAAUAUCUAUCAUCGAAACUCUUCCACAGGCAAGACAUAGCACGUUAGUGGCAUUAUGUGAAACACGCUGGGUUUACAAGCAUGAAAGUGUCUUGCGGUUCAAAGAACUAUAUCCAGCCAUUAUUGUUGCAUUAGAAAAAUUGGAAUCUUCAAUAAAUAAAGAAACAGCUCAAAAGUCUUGUCAGUUAUUAAGUUCAAUUAAAGGCGCUAAAUUUGUUAUACUUCUCAUAAUAAUUGAAAAUAUUUUUUCCUAUACGUUAACAUUGUGUAAACAGUUACAAACAAUAAAUGCUGAUUUGGUCGAAACAUGUAAUCAUAUAGAUGAUGUGUUAGCAAUUUUGGACGAAAUAAGAGAAAAUAACAAUAAUCAUUUUUCAGACAUGUUUUUCGUUGCUGCAAUAAUGAUGAAUAAAAAUAAAGAAGAAAUAGAUUUUCCUCGUUUUGCUAAUAGACAAACACAGCUCAAUAAUGUGCCCGCUAAUAGCUCUGAAGAUAAAUGUAUACAUUCCACUAGUGAAGAAAUGAAUGACAGUGUACAGUUUUAUUCCCGGAUAUUGACAGAACCUAAUGUUUUCAAAGCUGAAUUUUCAAUAUGGAAAUCAAAGUGGCUUAAAGAAGAGUUACGCCCUAAUACAGCAAUUGAAGCGCUUGAUAAUUGUAACAUACUUUUGUUUCCAAACUUAUGGAAAUUUUCACUAGUCUUAGCCACUAUACCUAUGUCAAUAGCGACACCAGAAAGAACAUUUUCUUCUUUAAAAGGAUUGAAAACAUAUCUUAGGAACUCGACUGGUGAAACUCGUAUCAAUGGAUUAGCAUUAAUGUCGAUACACAGGGAAAUAAAUGUUGAUCCAGAAGAGGUGCUAAAUCGGUUUGCAAAACAGCCGAGGAGAAUUAUGUUACUUUAA